UAUUAGAACUGCCACUGGGCUGCAUGGUAUUCUUCAGCGCUUUAGUUUUCACAUUUGACUUUUAUAAGUUGGUCUUGUUUUUUUGUAAACUCUGAGAAACGAAAAUAUAUGUUAAAACAGCUUUAAGUUACUAUUUUUCUUCAACAAUUUGUUUUGUCUGACUGCGAGAUGAAGUCGUCGACCUGGUAUUUUUUGGUUUGGUGCAUCGGGUUUUCUCUAAUAACGACAGGACUGUCACAGCUUCAAGUUGUGGGCCAGAAGGAGCCAAUCAUUGCCUUACUUGGUGAUGACGUCAUCCUGCCUUGUUUCCUGAGACCCAGCACCAGUGCUGUUGAUCAGACGGUGGAGUGGCAGAGACGUGACCUGACCCCAAAAGAGGUGCAUUAUUACAGUGAUGGCCGUGACAACCCAGAUGUCCAUAAUCCAGUCUACAAGGGAAGGACCAGACUGUUUGAAGAAGAAUUGAAGAGCGGCAACAUGUCUUUAAAGCUGACUGGUGUCAAACACACUGAUAAUGGAUUCUUUACCUGCUUUGUUCCAAAACUGGUCAGCACAGUAAAGACAUCUGUAAUUCAACUAAUUGUUGGAGCUGUGUCUCAGCCAGUCAUCUCUAUUGUGGGACCUAAAGACUAUGGGGUGGUUCUGAAGUGUGAUUCUGGAGGCUGGUACCCUGAACCUGAGAUGACCUGGGAGGACAGUGAUGGAAACAUCCUCCCUGGUGGACCUACAGAGACUGAGACAGACUCAGAGAGUCGCUACACUGUGAGAGGACAUGUGACCAUCCAGAAGACUGACAACAACAUGUUCACCUGUAGAGUUCAACAGCAUCAGAUCAACCACAAGAUGGAGACACAGAUUAUUGUCCCAGGUGAGGUCUUCAUUAGUUAACCAGAA